CAAAAGCGCGAACAGACGUCUGUCAUUCCAGCUGUGGUGGGGUCAUCCGCGGUGCAAAAUUAAUAACCCAAAAAUCAUUUCCCAAGGGUGCGAACGUGAAUGACUCGCGAAUUUUAAAUCAAUUGUAGAGAGAAAUCAGAAGUUACGCGUGUUAGGAAAAUGUCCUCCGGCGGCGGGGACAGUGCCUUUGACCGCGUCGAAACGUUGCAGAUCGGUGACCAUCCCACGGACAUUGUGUACCACAGCUUUGCGAAUAAAUCGUUUCUGUUGAUAACUCAGCGGCAAAAGGUGACCAAUGUUUAUACCGUGCGGAACCAGCAGGCGGCGAACGAGUUGAACGGCGGAACCGGUGCUGGCAGUCGGAUUUAUUCCAUCAAGCACACCUUCGGGGCGGCUUCCGACGAGGUCGAGGCAGCGAUCAGGUAUCUGAUGAACUUUAUCGAUAAAAAUGACGAAAUCGUUAUAACACUUGGGCUGAAGGAGAUCAAUAAGCCUACGUUGGAUUUGAUUGGGGCACAGCUGAGGAGGAUCGUUUAAGGAGGGGGAUGGGGGAUUAAUUCGGGUCUUAGAAUAGAAACAAUGAAAUUGAA